AUGCGCUUAGCAACCUUAUUAUUCGUACUAUGCUAUGGCGCUGCAUCUGUCGUCGCAUUGACGGACCAGGUUGUCGGCAAUUUCGGAUUCGGAAAUAUCACUCUCAAAUGGACGUCAAGAAUGGAGUAUGAGAGUGUCGAGUUCACUGUAAUCUUUGGAGAAAUCAAUCAACCAAGUCUCGUCUUCAUCGGUUUCAGCAGUCAUGGCGAAAUGUCGAAUAUUGAUGGGUUCCUCUGUCAUAACGACUACAAGCGAAAAUAUUGUGUGGACGUUUCUAUUGACGAGAACUAUCACAUUUUGCGGGAUAUCAGUCAGGAUUGGCAUCGCUCCGGCACCCCAUUUGAUUUCCAAAGCCUCAAUCACAAUGAAAUAACGAUUAUUCGAGAUUUUGUGACGUGCGAUCCAUUGGAUUACGCGUUCGAGUCUGGAACUACCCAAUUCAUUAUUGCCGCUGCUUGGAACAAGAAUAAGAUCAAAAGUUUGAAUGACAAGAGAUGGCAUAUCGACCGGAAAUUUGGAAAGGUUAUUGAUUUUGCGACGGACGAUCAAUUGGAUAUGGACAAGGUUCAUGAUAUCAUGUCGCUUCGUCCGCAGCUUAUGGCUGAAGAAAUUGUUAUCAAAUCGGAUGAAUAUACUUUGGUUCCGGAUAUCGAGACCCACUAUCAAUGCAUUAUCAAGAAAAUGCCCAUCAAGACCUUUACUAAAUAUCAUAUUGUGAAAAUGGAAGCAUACGUUGAAAAAGGCAAUGAACAUCUUGUCCAUCAUAUGGAAGUAUUCCUAUGUCGCGAUAGAGUUCGUGAAUGGUCUGGUGAUUGCAAUGAUCCGCGCAAACCGCCAAAUUCAAAAUCUUGCUCUCAUGUUAUUGGAGCUUGGGCUAUGGGGGAAGGGUCGUUCGAAUACCCUGUCGACGUUGGAAUGCCAGUCGGCGGACGUGAUACUGAUUUCGUCUACAUCAUGGUGGAAAUUCACUAUAACAAUCCCGAGAAGCUGUUCGGCUACCGCGACAACUCUGGAAUGAAGUUCUGGAUUACUGAAGACUUGCGACCCUACGAUGCUGGAAUCAUGGAGCUUGGUCAAAUUUACUCGGAUGUUAGCGCUAUUCCACCAGGGCAAUCCGAAUGGUCCCUUGUUGGGGUUUGUCCGAAAGAAUGCACGGCGAGCUUCCCCAGAGAAGGAAUUAACAUUUUCGCUAGUCAACUGCAUGCACAUUUGACCGGUAAACGAUUGUACACUAGUCAUUACAGAAAUGGUGUCAAACUCCAAGAAAUCAACCGUGAUAAUCAUUACUCACCUCACUGGCAGCAUAUUCAAGAUGUCAUUCCAUAUGUUAAUGUCAAACCUGGAGACAUGUUAACGACGGUGUGUGUUUAUGACAGUCGUAAUAGGACGACGACGACCUUUGGUGGAUAUGGAAUUCGCGACGAAAUGUGCGUCAAUUACGUUUAUUAUUACCCGGCGAGCGAAGUUGAAGUAUGCAAAUCGGCGGUUUCAAAUUCCACACUUCGUCAGUAUUUCCGCAGCAGAUAUGGAGUUAGCGACAAACUCAUGCCAGUUCAGGAAAUGUUUGACAGAAUCGGCGAAUGGACAAAACCGAAACUUCUCGAGCUUCAUUCUCUUUAUCAUAAGGGAGAUUUGAAUAUUGACUGCUUGCGUGGCGACGGAUCACUUCUUCCUUUCCCUCAAAAUGCCAUGACUCCAAUUUCCAUCUUGGCAAACUGGAAGAGUCUUCCAAUGCCAACUCGUGUUACCGGACCAAUCUUGAAGGAGAGAGAUCGUAAUGAAUGCCCAUCGAUUUCUGAUUUGAAUGAGUAA